CACCAGCCACUGCGGCGGCCCAGUCGACGUUGUUCUCCCCGACAUCUGCGCCCAAGCUCAGAACAGGUUUCUUCACCUUCUUGCAUAGUUGGUCUCUUUCUGUCUCUGUAUCUCGUUCUGACGACAACCACCACUCUUUCGGAGCUACAGUAUGGACGGCUUUGAGGAUGAGAACCCUUUCGAGACAGAGCCCGAGCGCAACCAUUCCGACACGUCCUCGUCCUCCAGAGUGGCGGUAUCGGAACCCCCUUCACCGCUUCCGAAUCCGUCUCUGCCUCUGAGCUCCCCGCCACUGUCGCCGUCUUCGAGGCGACCGACAUUCCCGUCGCAAGGCUCGCACCGACAACCGCAGACGUACAAGAGCGACUUCUGCUGUGCGCGGGACCAGUGGUUACACUCUGGCGAGGAUGUGGAGAUAUUGGUCGUGGACGCAGUGAAGACAUCCGUCAAUUCAAACUCGCCGUACAUCGCCUACGUCAUUCGCGCGGGGGACGCCUCUGCCCAUCACAGAUACUCUGAGUUCGAGUCACUGAGGCUGAACCUCGUGAAGCUAUACCCGACGCUCAUCAUACCUCCAAUACCGUCAAAGCAGACUAUAGGAGACUAUGCAAUCAAGCAAGCAAAGGCGAAGGAGGAUGCCGCUAUGAUCGCUCGGCGGAAGCGUAUGCUGCAGACCUUCCUCAACCGCAUCACUCGGCACCCUAUUCUGUCGAACGAGCACAUCUUCCACCGAUUCCUGGACGGCGAGGUUUCAUGGUCCGAGGUUCUACAUUCUCCGCCUUUGUCGCUACUCCCGAAGAAUAUCUUGAAAGCACCGUCCCACAACCCUACAGACCAGAGCGCUUCCCCUGCCUACGCAGCUCUACCCAACCCGUCAGCGGCGCACCCUUUGCGAAGGCCGACCAACGAUUCCUGGACUCUGAGGUAUUCACGAACAAGGCCCAUGGAGAAGGUUACACGACGAACAAUGAAGCGGUGGUCGGACUACGCCCAGGAUCACUCAGAUCUCGGAGCUACACUCAACGGUUUCAGCUUGAAUGAGAGCGGUCAGCUUUCCACCGCCGUCGAGAAGACCGGCCAGGCUAUCGAUGCUACUUACAUGUCCACAACGAAAUUGCUACAAGAGUUUGAGCAAGAUUGGGCAGAGCCCCUGCACGAAUACAGCCAGUUCGCAGACAUCAUCAAGAAGCUGCUCGUCUACCGGCAUCAGAAGCACGUACAGUAUGAGAUGACUCAGGACCAGCUCGAAGCCAAGCAGGCUUUGAGCCAGGGGCGUGUAAGUAGCCUGAGUUCAUCGCGCGUGGGCAAGCCAGGUGCGGACGACGAGAAUGGCACAGAAGAGGGGACGACGGAUGAGCACGACGCUGCAGACGCGCCGCAACCGGAGCCGUCAGUGUAUCUUCCGCCACAUCCGGGACCAAGUCCCGUCAGGAGGCGGGCGCCCGGGAUGGGAUUCCUCAAUGCCCUCAGCUAUACCUGCAUGACUGCGAGGCGGAACAACAUCAGCAAGACCAGGGAGACCAUCUCGCAGCUCGAGGACGCUCUGCAUCUGGUGGCGCAGGACCUAAAGUACUCGAGCUCAACAAUUCAGGCAGACCUAGACCGCUUCCAGCGGCAGAAGGUGGCUGACAUGAGGGAAAUGGCGAUCAGCAUGGCCAGAAGCCACCGGGACUGGUGCAGGAAGAACCUUGCAGCAUGGGAAGAGGCUAAAGCCGAAAUCGCGAAGAUACCUGACCACCCAAACCGGACCCCGGACGACGAGGCUCACAAGACGGCCAGAAGAGAUUCGACUACUACCAUUAACGGCCGAUGA